AUGCCCAAAUCCCCUGAAAAUGUCUAUACCGAAGACCGGCCCUCGUCCUCAGUAGAAGAUUUCGACCUCGACGAUGAACACAAGACGCUGUUGUUGCCAGGCCCGCCGUCGUCAUCCCACAAUCCGAGACAGGGGACGGUUCUUGCGUGGCUCAGAGGCAGGCAGCGCUCGUUGCUGAGAAGGUUCCGUCGUCAGCCUCGCUCUCUCCCCCGCCUGCUCCUCCGCUACGCCUUCCUGUUCGUCCUCUUCGUCUUGACCGCGACCCCCAUACUCUUUCCGUCUUAUACGCGCCACCCGAAGCACUACAAGGACCUGAGGAAUCGAUGCUUGGUGUCUGACAGCCUGCCCGGCUGUGCGAACCUGCGGAACGAAAAGGUAUUCAUUGCCGUCAGCUUGUUCGACCCGGAGGGCAAGAUUGCUGGCGGUGAGUGGGCCAAGAACGUCCUCGACCUUGUGCACAUGAUCGGGGAGAACAACGCCUUCCUCAGCAUCUACGAGAAUGACAGCGGCGACCUGGGCACCGCCGCCCUCGAGGAGUUUAAGAAGAACGUGCCCUGCAAGCACAAGAUUGUUAGCGACGGCCACGUUGACUACAGCGCAUUCCCCCAUGUGACGAUGCCCGACGGGUCGCAGAGGCUGAAGCGCCUUGCCUACCUGUCAGAGAUGCGUAACCGCGCGCUCUACCCGCUGGACCAGCACGACCCCGACGCCGGCGACGUCAAGUACGACAGGAUCCUGUUCCUCAACGACGCCCUGUUCGCCCCCAUCGACGCCGUCCACCUGCUCUUCAACACCAACACGGGCCAAGACGGCCGCGCCCACUACCUCUCGGCCUGCUCCAUCGACUACGACUGGAACCCAUUCCUCGAGUACGACCUCUACGCGCAGCGCGACGCCGAGGGCUUCUCCAACGGCAUCCCCAUCUUCCCUUACUUCACCGCCGCCGGCAAGGCUAUCUCGCGCAAAGCCAUGGUCUCGCAGACGGAUGCCGUCCCGGUCAAGAGCUGCUGGGGCGGCAUGGUGGCCAUGCAGGCCAAGUGGGUCCAGAACAUGGACAGGAAGCUGCCGACCAAGGACUGGCAGGCCGUGGCGCACCACGUCAUCAACCCGGACCACCCGCACAACGUGACGGCCCCGGUGCGCUUCCGGUACGAGCCCGAGCUGUAUUUUGAUGCCUGCGAGUGCUGCCUGUUCCUCGCCGACGUGACCACCGUCGCAGACAAGGCCGGCGAGCCCGACACGGGCGUCUUCGUCAACCCCUACGUGCGCGUGGCGUACCGCAAGAGGACCCAGCGUCUCGAGCGGUUGAUCCGCCGCUGGGAGCGGCUCAUGGACCUCCCGCAGGGCAUCAUCACCUAUUUCUCGCGGUUCCCGACACCCAACCCCCACCGCGAGGUCGUCGAGGGCCAGCGGUUCCAGGAGGAGAUUUACCAGCGCCGCGAGGGGUGGAAGAUGGUGGAGCGGACGGGGCGCAACGGCAUGUUCUGCGGGGUGCGCGAGAUGCAGCUCGUCAAGGAGGGCCCGCGCAACGGGCGCAACUGGGAGAACCACUACGGCAUUCCAUGGGACGAGCAGACGCUGCACUUUCCCAUGUGA